CACGCAUAUAAAUACUUCUGCGCGCGGCCGCGUUCCCCAGUCUCGAAGACAGCGCCAUUUUGUCCUGUAAGCAGAGAUUUCCCUGAUUUUUCAUCACCAUGAGUGGAUGUCGUGUGUUCAUCGGCCGUCUGAGCCCUCAUGCUCGUGAUAGAGACGUGGAGAAGUUUUUUAAAGGCUAUGGACGCAUUCGGGAGAUUAACCUAAAAAACGGGUUUGGCUUUGUGGAGUUUGAUGACCACAGGGAUGCAGAUGACGCAGUGUAUGAGCUGAAUGGAAAAGAGCUGUGCAGUGAGAGGGUGACCAUUGAACAUGCCCGUUCUCGCCGAGGAAGAGGUGGAGGCCCAGGAAUGGGAGGCCGUUUCUCUCCACGCUUUGCAGGGUAUCGUAAAUCCCGCAGUGUGGGUUCCAGGUAUGGACCACCUGUGCGCACGGAGCACAGAGUCGUUGUGGAGAAUCUCUCCUCUCGCAUCAGCUGGCAGGUGAGUGUCCCGAGCUGUAGCAGCAGAGCAGUGUAGCAGCCUUCUGUGUUAGCGAUUCAUCCCUGCACUACUUUUGCCUUUGACAUCUGUACAAGCACACACAAAAUUAGUUGUCUUUGUUACUGUUAAUCUGGAAGUACUUUUUUUUUUUUUUUCUCCUCUCUCUUCACCUCAGCCAAACCUUAAAUAAGUAAAAAUGAUGAUUUUAAUGCUGAAAGGAUCUCUAACCCAGACCCAUGUUUUUCAAACCUUUUCUUUAACAGCUGUGCUCUGGUAUUCUUUAAUUGGAGUUGCAUGCACAGCCUCCGAGGUGCAUAGCGCCCUCCCCUGGUUGUGUUCUGAAUAGUGUCCCUGUGGUGGCUCACCCGACACGCAGUGUCUGCCGGUCUAAGUCUUGGCUGGGUCCGUAGCACCAGACAGAGCCGUAGCACAGGAUAGCCUUAGAGGAGCUGGGUAGCCGCUCUCUGGAGGGUCUGUGAUGUCAGAUCUGCUCCAUCCCCCCCGAUCUGCUGUUUGGGUCUUAUUCUGUUGGUGCUGAAGCGGGGAGGGGGACAGGGUUUUGGCCCCUCCCCCAUCCUCUCUCUCUCUCUCUCUGGUGGGGUCCGUUCUUAUGGAGGCCGGAU